UCAACCUGCCAGCUUACAACAUGAACUCGCCUCGCAACAUGGAGAACUGGGAUGUACCGGUAUCUGAGGUAUGAGGUUGGACACACACGCUGGUGAGCCACGAUUGUCUAUAUGGAAGAGUCGCCACUGCUCGCCACAUCGCUGAUAGACGUCUUCGGUUUCGGAAACGUUAUAGCUUUGAGGGAUAGGACCCCGCUAAAAGAGCACGGUGCGAUGCUGUUUGCCUGUGGAGGAGAGAUUUUGGCAAGUGCAUCAUUCACUGGUGCGGAAAUUGGGGAACUCAGUGGUAGCAAGGACAAUCAUCUAAGGGUCACCGAACAGGUUAUGGCCUGGAUGAGCAAGGUCGAUGUUAUACCGAGCGACGCCUAUCCAUCCUUUCGAUCCACACCGCCAUACGCUCUCAACAUUGAAUGAUGAUCCAUAUGUUCCAGCAGGCAGCGCUACGACGAUUGAAGGCCUCAGAGCAACGAACACCGUCUGAGGGGCCAGACGUCAUAGCUAUGAUUUCUAUUCAGUUCUUCAUGGUAAAUAUCUUAUCAAGGUCGGUUCGACACCAUUAAGAUUGUGUCGAGCCGACCUUGAAAAGAUAUCAUCAUCUGAUCGCUUGGUAUUAGGACCACGGUCCAAGAGCGGUGUUUUCCAUUGGAAGCUGUAGGGCUUGUUGAGGUCGUUCUCAACGAUGGUAGGAAUUGUCUGGCGUUGUGGAAGGAAGGGAAAAGGAGGAGAGGAU